UAACCGGUGUCGACUCGAUCCAUUAAUAUAAACGCUGAAGGAGGAGGGACGAAGAAGCGACGCGGGCAGAUGGAAUCGUACAAGGGCGGCUUGAAGGGGUACUGGAAGCGGCGGGGGUACCACCACGCCGACGGCGGGAAGGGCCGGCGGCGCCUUUGCAAGGCGGAGCUCGGCGGGGGAGGUCGGCGGCGGCGCCGGUUCUGGCGGAUCAGGAUCUCGCCGCGCCUCGGCUUCCUCCGCGCGGCCUCUCCCCGGCGGAUCCUCGCCCGGAUCCGCGACGCCUACGUGCGGAUGAUGCUCGGCUUUGCCAACUGUGUCGCCUACGGUGGCUACGGCUACGGCGGGGUCGAGGUGACGGGUCUCGCCCGGCCGGCGCUCAAGGAGUACGACGAGAAGGUGCUGGUGGAGAUCUACAAGUCGCUCGUGGUCCGGGGGCCGGUCGUGGCUGCCGAUGGCGCCGUCGCGCUCCGGCGAUAGGUGCGCCCUCCCCUUCUUCGUCGGCGUUGGUUUCAUUUCUCGUGCCCUAGUAGUAACUAAUGGUGUUGAGCUAUUUCGUGUUCUAAUUUCACUGUCCAACAAGAAAUUGUAAUAUAAAUAAAAGAAUAUUCAUAAUUUUCUGGAAA